CCCAGCUUCCCUUCCCCACUCGCCUACACAAGGACAAGCUGGAGACUGAGUUUGCCAAGUUCAUGGCAAUGUUGAAGCAGCUCAACAUCAGCAUACCGUUCAUGGAGGCACUGUCAAAGAUGCCCAAGUAUGCCAAGUUCAUGAAAGAUAUCUGCACCAACAAGAAGAAACUUGGGGAUCUUUCGACAGUGAUGCUCAGUGAAGAGUGUUCUGCUAUCCUACAGAACAAGCUGCCCGAGAAGCGCAAGGAUCCAGGGAGUUUUACUAUCCCUCUCACUAUUGGCAGCAUGCAUGUAGGCAAGUCCUUGGCGGACCUAGGCGCUAGCAUUAACGUCAUGCCAUAUAAGUUGUAUAAAAUGCUAGACCUAGGUGAACUUAGCCCCACUAGGAUGAGCAUUCAAUUAGCUGAUCGUUCUGUUGUGCAUCCUAGGGGAAUCAUAGAGGAUCUGCUUGUUGGUGUUGGUGCAUUCACAUAUCCUGUUGAUUUUGUUAUUCUUGAUAUACAUGAGGAUGUGGAUGUGCCUUUGAUUCUAGGUAGGCCAUUUCUUGCCACCGCCAAGGCACUUAUUGAUGUACAUGAUGGUAAAUUGAUCUUGCGUUCUGGGAAUGAACAGGCUACUUUUUCUGUGACUGAGUUUGAUCACUGUGCUAUGAUUGAUGUCACGCCUGUGCAUGUUAUGUCUGAUCAGAUACACGAGCCUGUCGUGUACCCUUCUGCACCUCCUAUUUUGCAGGACCCUCCUAUCAUUCCUUCGCCGCCACUCCAUCCAGCCUCGCCUCCAAACAAAAAGCUCAAGGAGGAGUGGCGGCCGAAGCCGCAGGUUGCUAAGCUUGCACGGAAGAAGAGUGGAGACCACUAUGAGCUGGUCCCACCUCCUGCACCACGACCACCCUGGCCGUCCGGGUACUCACUCGCCUGCAUCUUGCCAGAUGGGCAGGUCGAGCUGACCGAUGAUGGUGGUCGCAUCCGUCGGGUGCAUGGCCACAACCUGAAGCUGUACCUCAAGAGCGACGUGGAUCCGCUCUUGGGGGCACCUGUUCCUGCACCGCCCUGAGUAUCCACCAUGGGCGUCCAGCUAAUACGACGGUAAAGAAGCGCUUCUGGGGAGGCAACCCCACCACGGUUUGUUUUUCUUUCUUGAGUUUUGAGUCGGUUUGUAGACCCGGUUUGGGUUUGGUCUGUUUUCUUUUGGUUUGGAUGAUAUUUUAUUGGGCUGACCAUCGGACCUAACAUACUGUGUUUGAGCUCUGUGUUUUUCCUUUGGCUGUGCUUGCCCCGACUGGCCCGCCUCCAGUCUCCUGCAGUCCGCGCAUACCGGUAACAUCUUUCCCUUAUCCUUCCCUCUUCUCCAUUGAGGGCAAUGUCGAUCUUAAGUGUGGGGGGGUGUUUAUCUUUGACUGCAUUAGAUCUGUUUGUGUGCUUGGAGCCUAGUCCACUGUCCAAAUUUUUAAAUUUGAGGGCUCCAAGUAAGUGUCUCCGUGCAAUUGCCUGCUCAGUAUGCUUUGAAUUGACAGUCUUUAUGGUAAUAUGCAACCUAGGGAGGUAGUGUAGCACUAUGGAGGAUGUUGAUGCAUUUAAGAAGUCUCAUUUCUUCUUCAUAUUGUGUUGGUUGAUUGAGUGAAUUAGUGAUCUUAGGACCCUUUGAAUUGUGUGGUGUUGUGGAUUCUCUGCCUGUCAUGGACUCUUGUAUCAUGUUUUGAAAAUAACAGGUGCUCGAAAAUGUGCUUCAAAAUAAACGUCUCCCGUGCGA